UCAUAUUUCUCUUUUUUGAUACUUUUUUUUUUAUUUCCCUUUUUUUUCACUUUUUCUUUUUUUCUUUCUUUCUUUCUUUUCUUUUUCCAUCCACCUUCCUUUUAUACCUUUUACAUCUCUAUAUAUUUAUUCAUCCACUUUACAAAUAAAAAGAACACAAUACAAUAUGACUGGACCACCAACAAGAGAAUAUCUUUACAAAAUCUUGGUAGUAGGUGAUCUUGGCACUGGCAAGACAUCUAUCAUUCGACGCUAUGUACACAAUAUCUUUUCUACAAAUUACAAAUCAACUAUUGGUGUUGACUUUGCUCUCAAAGUGAUUCAGUGGUCACCUGAAAUCAUUGUUCGUUUACAAUUAUGGGAUAUAGCUGGACAAGAACGAUUUGGUAAUAUGACUCGGGUUUAUUACAAGGAAGCUCUUGGAGCAUUUGUGGUAUAUGAUGUGACUCGGCCGCAGACUUUUGAAGGUGUAACCAAAUGGAAGCAAGAUUUGGAUUCAAAGGUGGCAUUACCUGAACUUUGGGGUGGUGGUAAUAUUCCUGUGGUCUUAUUGGCAAACAAGAGUGACUUGUUACAAGAAGGACAUGGCCAACCUAUCAAUCCACUAGAAAUGGAUCAAUUCUGUCAAGACAAUGGAUUCUCAAAAUGGUUUGAAACAUCGGCAAAGGAUAAUAGCAAUAUUGACGAAGCAGCUCGACACUUGAUCCAAACCAUUGUGGCUAUUGAAGAAGAACGAGGUACUCUAUUAACUGACGAUUUGGACAAUGAUUCUAUCCAUUUGGAUCAAUCGAAACAUCAUGAUCAUUACAGUGGUGGAAGUGGUUGUUGUUAGAAUUAGAUCUUUCCUCUUUUAUUUUCUUCUUUAUUAUUAUUAUUAUUAUUAUUACUUUUGGGCAAAUCUAUUUUUGUACAUUCUUCAUUUUUUUUUAUUGUCAUUAUGUUUUAUCAUUAUUAUUAGGUCUUAGUAUCCUCCUUCCAUAGCCUAAACUUUUUUUCUUUGAUAUAUUGUCAUUUCGUUUUUAUUUUUCUUCGUAUCAUUAUUCCUUGCCUGUCUUUCUCUCUCUCUCUCUCUAUAUAUAUAUAUAUAGUCAAUCAUCAUUUUUUUUUAUCCUCCAUGAUUAUAACUGUGAGUUAAUCUACAAAAGAUACAAUAAAAAAUAAAAUAUGAAAACGAA